GUGAUGUCCACGUCGGCAUGGCUGACCGGAACGGGCAGCUGGAGGUGGACGUGAUCCAGGCAAGGGGACUUAUCCCGAAGAUGGGCUCCAAGUCCAUCCCUGCCACCUACGUGAAAGUUUACCUGUUGGAGAACGGCGUCUGCUUGGCCAAGAAGAAGACCAAGAUGGCGAAGAAAACGUGCGACCCGUCAUACCAGCAGCCUCUGCUCUUUGAGGAGAGCCCCCAGGGCAAAGUCCUGCAGGUGAUCGUCUGGGGAGAUUACGGGCGCAUGGACCACAAGUGCUUCAUGGGGAUGGCCCAGAUCGUCUUGGAGGAGCUCGAUCUCUCCAGCGUGGUCGCGGGCUGGUACAAACUCUUCCCCACCUCCUCGCUAGCAACACACUCACUCUCUGCAAUAUCUAAGAGACUCCGGAUCAACCGGAAACAUCUGCCAGUCACUUCUCGUUUGUUCGUUCUCUGA